AUGCCUAUGGAAGGGGAUCCAGCACUUGCUGCCACACUGGAGUUACUGUUACCAAUUGAUCUGGGGCCUGAUGUCAAGCUGAGCCUUCACCUCAUCCCUCAGUGGUGGGAGAGGACUGCAGCAUCCAUCCCAUCCACCUGUGACACUGGCAUCCUGCAUGACAAAACAGAGAUGCAAUAUGCCUUCAUCAUAGUAAAGCAACGAGGAAAGAAAGCAACGAGGAAAGAAAGCAACGAGGAAAGAAAGCAACGAGGAAAGAAAGCAACGAGGAAAGAAAGCAACGAGGAAAGAAAGCAACGAGGAAAGAAAGCAACGAGGAAAGAAAGCAACGAGGAAAGAAAGCAACGAGGAAAGAAAGCAACGAGGAAAGAAAGCAACGAGGAAAGAAAGCAACGAGGAAAGAAAGCAACGAGGAAAGAAAGCAACGAGGAAAGAAAGCAACGAGGAAAGAAAGCAACGAGGAAAGAAAGCAACGAGGAAAGAAAGCAACGAGGAAAGAAAGCAACGAGGAAAGAAAGCAACGAGGAAAGAAAGCAACGAGGAAAGAAAGCAACGAGGAAAGAAAGCAACGAGGAAAGAAAGCAACGAGGAAAGAAAGCAACGAGGAAAGAAAGCAACGAGGAAAGAAAGCAACGAGGAAAGAAAGCAACGAGGAAAGAAAGCAACGAGGAAAGAAAGCAACGAGGAAAGAAAGCAACGAGGAAAGAAAGCAACGAGGAAAGAAAGCAACGAGGAAAGAAAGCAACGAGGAAAGAAAGCAACGAGGAAAGAAAGCAACGAGGAAAGAAAGCAACGAGGAAAGAAAGCAACGAGGAAAGAAAGCAACGAGGAAAGAAAGCAACGAGGAAAGAAAGCAACGAGGAAAGAAAGCAACGAGGAAAGAAAGCAACGAGGAAAGAAAGCAACGAGGAAAGAAAGCAACGAGGAAAGAAAGCAACGAGGAAAGAAAGCAACGAGGAAAGAAAGCAACGAGGAAAGAAAGCAACGAGGAAAGAAAGCAACGAGGAAAGAAAGCAACGAGGAAAGAAAGCAACGAGGAAAGAAAGCAACGAGGAAAGAAAGCAACGAGGAAAGAAAGCAACGAGGAAAGAAAGCAACGAGGAAAGAAAGCAACGAGGAAAGAAAGCAACGAGGAAAGAAAGCAACGAGGAAAGAAAGCAACGAGGAAAGAAAGCAACGAGGAAAGAAAGCAACGAGGAAAGAAAGCAACGAGGAAAGAAAGCAACGAGGAAAGAAAGCAACGAGGAAAGAAAGCAACGAGGAAAGAAAGCAACGAGGAAAGAAAGCAACGAGGAAGGUAAGGAACAAGGUAAGAAAGGAACAAGGAAAGAGAGGAACAAGGAAAGAGUGGAACAGGGAAAAAACUGA